UUGAUCAAAGAGGUUGUGGAUCAAACGAUGUGUCCCGUGUGCCAUGAACAGAUGUUUGUACCCUUCAUGACACAGUGUGGUCAUAACUUUUGCUAUACCUGUCUCUCGAGCUGGCUGUAUGAACAUGAGUCGUGUCCGUCUUGCCGAACCUAUGUCAGAACUGCACCAACACUCAACAUUGCACUUCAGAACCUUGUGAACUCGUUGUUUACAACGUAUCUACAAGUGCUGCCUCCAGAUGCCCCUGAGGACUGUGAAGCCGAGAAGAGGCGUAUGGAAUCGCACUAUCAACGCGAUUUGGAGAAGGAUUCUCUGUUCAACAAGCUGUUCAAGACUAACCAUGUUGCGCUGAUUGACGAGGAAGAUGGGGUUGCCAGGUGUAGUAACUGUAACUGGGAAGUUGAAGGCAACGUUUGCCACAACUGCGGUGCUAGAAUUGAGUAUCCAAGGGACAGGGAGCUGAGACACGGCCGUGGUGGUGGUGAUGAUGUUGAUACUGAUUCCUUUGGCGAA